CCGGAUCCCGAAAAGCCUUUUGUUCUCAUCACUGACUGGCAGCCAGAGGCAAUUCGGGCGAUGCUUGCCCAGGUGGGACCAAUCGGACUCGAGAGUGUGGUGGAGUAUGCGUCCAAAUUGGUGCCCGCCUGCAAGCGCAACUACGCCGCUCCAACGGGAGAAUGCUACGCGGCUCUCUGGGGAAUCAGUCACUUUCGUGCUUACCUGUACGGGCGAAAGUUCACCCUGGUAACUGAUCAUGAGCCUCUGUUGGCUCUGAAGAAAUCGAAGGAUUACUCGGGCAGGAUCGCGCGAUGGGCAACGGUGUUGCAAAGCAUGGACUUUGACAUUCGUCAUCGGAAGCACGAGAGACACGGGAAUGCGGACGGACUGACACGACUGCACCGACCUGAGAAAGUUCCGAAGAGUGAGGAGGUGAUUCCGUGGAACGAACCCGAACAGGAGAUCGGACGGUACGGCCAACCGGGGCGCCGCCAGUUGAUUGCGCAGGAGCUCAUCGCGCCCAUCGUGCAAUUGGCGGACGAUCUCUUGCCCGACAUCUAUUCGCAGAGUGACGAUAGUCAAGCUCCGCACGUUCUCGAGCGGUCCUUGGAUCCGUACCUUCAGUGGACUAUGUGCUUGGAGGAGCCCAGGGACGAAGAUACGCUGCCGUCGCGGCAAGAGUAUGUGAAGUCGUACGAUAUCAUCCCUCACGCCUUUUAUCCGAGGGCGGAGGAAGUGGUGAUCGACGACGACGACGAAGAGGACGAAGACGAGGAAACAUCGGAGGAGGGAAGCUAUAGCGAAUAUAGCGAGAGAGAGUUGAGUGAAGAAGAAGAGGAGGAAGCGACGCGCACAGGAACGGAGGCGGAAGAUCCGGAAGCGGCGCGAAAGGGCGAAGAAAUUGUCACCGGGAAGUGCCAGCUGGAGUUCGCCAGCGGAGCCAGCCUGCGCAUCAGUAACGAUCCGACCAGAGAUCCGAAGCCGCCAAAGCCCGAAGAUGGCGACCCUGCAGCCGCCACCUCAAGUACCGCGCGACGGAGACGGAGCCGAUCCCCCUCGUCCUCCAGCCCCACCCGUCCCCCAGUUCGCCCACGUACCGAUGCGGGCGAUAGGCCUUCGUCCUCGGACGCUAUCCCGCCGACCCCUUGAUUUUUUCACCCUCGAACAGAUCCGCACCCCCGUCAC